AGUGUGGCUAGUUUUUUAUGGCAUUUUAAUUUCCUAUGGUUUAAUUUUAUGUUGUUGCUGGUUGGAUUAUUGGUAGUAUUCUUCUUGUUUGAGAAAUAGUGGUUUGCUGUCUUGCUCAUGUAUGAUUACUUCGCAGUUCUCCUGUAUUUCUCUAUUCCUCACGUGAAAUUUAUUAUUUCCCAUGUUCUAAUUGAUGAUUCCUCUGACUCUGCUGUAUAUAUUUUGCCUCUAUUACGUGAGUGCUGCUUUAGUGAAAUCAAUUUUGUGUUAAUUGGUGACUACCUUGAAAUGCACUUAUGUGUCCAUCAAUUUUAAGAGAGUAAUUUUCUUUGUGCAACAAGAUGCUUGAUGGUGAUUUUUCUUUUCAAGCUUCAAAUGUCUUUUCAUGCUCUCCUGGCUUUGGAAUCAUUGAUUGGACACCCAGUAGCAAUCUGUUGCUUGGGUCUUUCAUGUGGUUUGACGUUGUUCUUUAAACAGUAUAAUUUUAACUCUUCCUUUUAAACCCCUUGAUUUGAAAGGGAAGCAACCAUCUCUUCAUUGUUCCUGAAAGAGAAACUCAAAGAAGAGAAACAGUUAGAAAUGGCUGAUUCUCCAGUAAACAUGUCGCAGAACCUGUUGACAUUCAGGGAUGUGACUAUUGACUUCUCCCAGGAGGAGUGGGAAUGCCUAGACUUUGCUCAGCGGUCUUUGUACAUUGAUGUGAUGGUGGAGAAUUACAACAACCUGGUCUUUGUGGAGAACUAUUGCAAAUGUGAUCCUGUCCAUCAACAGGUGAAGACUGAAAAGGAGUCUUAUCAGUGUAAUGAACUUGGCAAAGUGCUUCAUGAUCCCUCCAUAUGUGUACUUUAUAAAACAAGUGAAACUACAGGAAACUCUAAUAACUCAAGAUACAAUAAUCACAGGGAUGCCUCUAUUGACUCUUCAAAUCCAGAUAGAUAUGAAAGUAUGCACACUGGAGAAGAAUCUUGCAAGUUAAAAAACUGUGAGAAAUCCUUAAAUUUGUAUUCUAACACUGCUCAAGAUCAGAGACUCUACACUGCAAAGAAAGAACCCAGGCAGGGAGAAUAUGAUGACUAUAUUAGCUCUUCAUACAAUUUUUUGCAAAAAAACCCAAUCUACAUUGGUGAGAAACCGUACCAUUGUGGGGAAUGCAGUAAAUGCUUCAAUGCUGCCUCAGGCCUCACGGAACAUGAGAGAAUUCAUACUGGAAUUAAACCCUAUAAGUGCAAAGUUUGUGAAAAAUCCUUUACCCAGAUUUCAAGUCUUCAAAUACAUCAAAGACUUCUUACUGGGGAGAAACCUUACAAAUUCGAAGAAUUUGGAAAGUCAUUUUGUCAGCUGUCAGCACUUAAAAGCCACCAGAAAAGGCAUACUGGAGAGAAACCUUACAAAUGUAAGGACUGUGACAAAUCCUUUGCCCACUCUUCUACUCUAAAGAAACAUCAAAAAAUGCAUACUGCUGGGAGACAUUAUACUUACCAAGAAUGUGGCAAGGUCUUUCAUCAGCUUUCACAUUUUAGAAGGCAUUACAGACUCAAUGGAGAGAAGCUUUACAAGUGCAGUGACUGUGACAGAGCCUUCCCUAAAUUAUCACUUCUUAACAGGCAUUACAUAAUCCAUACUGGUGAAAAACCUUACCAAUGUGAGGUAUGUGACAAGUCCUUUACCUUGAACUCAACCCUUAGAAGACAUCAGAAAAUUCAUACUGGGGAGAAACCUUACAAAUGUAUGGAAUGUGACAAAUCCUUUAACCGGGACUCACAUCUUAAAACACAUCAGAGAGUUCAUACUGGAGAGAGACCUUACAGUUGUCAGGAAUGUGACAAAUCUUUUGCCCAAUCUUCUGGUUUAAGGACACAUCAGAAAAUUCAUACUGGAGAGAAACUUCACAAAUGCAAAGACUGUGACAUGUCCUAUAUCCAUAUUGCAAGUCUUAAAAUACAUCAGAGAGUUCAUACUGGAGAGAGACCUUACAGUUGUAAGGAAUGUGACAAAUCAUUUACCAGUUGCUCACAUCUUAAAAGACAUCAGAGUGUUCAUACUGGGGAGAAACCUUACAAAUGUAAGGAAUGUGACAGGUCUUAUACUAGCUGCUCAUAUCUUAGAGAACACCAGAAAAGUCAUACUGGAGAGAAACUUCACAAAUGCAAAGACUGUGACAUAUCCUUUAUCCAUAUUGUAAAUCUUAGAAAACAUCAGAGAGUUCAUACUGGAGAGAGACCUUACAGAUGUAAGGAGUGUGACAAAUCCUUUACCAAUUGCUCAGAUCUUACAAGACAUCAGAGAAUUCACACUGGGGAGAAACCUUACAAAUGUAUGGAAUGUGACAAGUCCUUUACCCUUCGAGCAAAUCUUAGAAGACAUCAGAGUGUUCACACUGGGGGGAAACUUUACAAACGAAUGGAAUACGAGAAGUCCUUUACCCAUGAGAGAAAAUAUCAGAGAGUUAAUACUGGAGAGAGACGUUACAGUUGUCAGGAAUGUGACAAAUCUUUUGCCUACUCUUCUGGUUUAUGGAGACAUCAGAAAAUCCAUAAUGGAGAGAAAAAAUAAAAAUGCAAAAACUGAUGCAUCCUUUAUCUAGAUUUUGAAGCUUAGGAAAUAUUAGAAAAUUUAUAUUUUAGAGAAACAUACUAUUGUAAAUAAUGUGACAUUGCAUUUUCCAGUAUUCUCUGCUUACAAGUCACAAUAGUAUACAAAAUGGAAACAACAAGAUAAGAAACUUGUGAAAGUCAUUGAAGUUUUAAAUUUUAAAAAAUAUCCUAGAGUUUAUAUUAAAAUAAAAUUCUGCAAUGUAACAGUGGAAAAAGCUUUUUAUUUCUUUUAAUGUGUAUUUAUGUUCUGCCUGUAACUGUAUGUGCACUACAUGUAUGCCUUGUACAGAUAGAGUACAGAAGGGGUCAUCAGAUCCCCUGAAGCUGGAGUUACAGACCAUUGUGAACUACCAUGCAUGUUUUGGGAAUUGAACACUGGUCUUUUGGAUGAGCAAUCAGUGCUCUUACCCACUAAGCCAUGUCUCCAGCCCCUGGUAAAAAAAAAAAAAUGUAAUAAAAACAUUGAUCUUGUUCAACAUCCAAAAAUUCAUACUAAUGCCAGGUGUGGUGGUGCACUCCUUUGUUCCCAGCACUCAUGAUGCAGAGACAAGAAGUUCUCUGUGUCAGAGGACAUCAUCUAUAUACUGAGUUCCAGGACAG